AUGGUUGCACAAUUUGUUAAGACGUGUUUUGUGCUUAUGAAUUUAGCUGGUGGUUUUAGUUUCCUAGUGGCUGAUUCUGUGAAAAGGAGUCAUUUACAAGAUCACUUGCGCGUGCGAAGAGGAUUUCGCUCAUAUUUUUACAACUAUUUGGACGAAAUUGCCAUGGCAACGUGUGCAGCCAUUCCUAGUAACGGACCAGGCCUGAUAUAUGCUGUCAGACGGACCUGUGGAGAGAAACCCGACUGCAAGCACAUCUGUACCGACAAAAAGUUACGAGAACAAGGACCAAAGGAAGUACAUAACCUUACCUGGGAUUGUACUGAGUCUUUACACGUCUACAAAAGGCAACCUGCCCUAGCGGACAAUUAUGAUGAAUAUACAGAUUCUCACAAACUAGGCUUGGCUGUGUUUCGCCAUCAUUCUUGCACUGUGGCUGAUUGUGGUCCAAACUACUGCUGCUGUAGAGCUGUUGCACUAUGAAUUUCCCCUGACCUCAUUACAUUCUCUAUUUGUUAACUGGAGAGAUCAUUUACUAUGCAGCUUUUCUGAACCCCUAA